CCCGCGGCGGCGGCGGCCGGCGACGAGGUGGUAUCCGCCGCCGCUUCGAGCCUUCCCUGGCAAGUCACUGCUACCGCGCGGCCGCGGAAGAGCGCUCCGGCUCCGCUCGCGGAAGGGCACUGUCCUCGAGGUGGAUCUGGGCACUAUACUUGGUGACUUUGGUGUAGGCUGGCAUUUCGGUGUGGCGCUGUUACCCAGAGGGUCCAGUCGGCGGCGAGCAGCGAGCUCUUCAUUGGAGACCAUGAAGUGGGAAUUUCUUCGUUGUCUCUCAAUGCAUCCACCGAAAUGAAGCAGCUUCACUGAACCAUUGGCGCGCGUGCCCUCUGCCGCGCCUGCGUCCGCGAUGCUGCGAAAGUCGGGAACCCAGCGCCGGCAGCCGGCGUUCUGGCGGCGGUGCCGCAGCCUCCGGCAGAUCAAGCAGGUCCACGCACUCAUGGUCCUCCGGGGCUUCCUCUCCGACCCCUCCGCGCUCCGCGAGCUCAUCUUCGCCUCUGCGGUCGCUGUCCGCGGCGGCGUCGCGCACGCCCGCCUCGUAUUCGACCGAAUCCCGAACCCGGACCGGUUCAUGUACAACACCCUCAUUCGCGGCGCCGCGCACAGUGACGCGCCCCGCGACGCCGUCUCCAUCUACGCGCGCAUGGCCCGGCGCCGCGGAGACUGCUGCGGCGGCGUGAGGCCGGACAAACUCACCUUCCCGUUCGUGCUCCGCGCCUGCGCCGCGAUGGGCGCGGGGGGCACCGGGGCGCAGGUCCACGCACACGUCGUGAAGGCUGGGUGCGAGUCUGACGCUUUUGUCAGGAACGCGCUCAUCGGCAUGCACGCGAGCUGCGGGGAUCUAGGCGUGGCGGCUUCGCUGUUCGACAGCGGAGCGCGCGGGGACGCCGUAGCAUGGUCGGCGAUGAUCUCCGGCUGCGCGAGGAGAGGGGACAUUGGUGCCGCCCGGGAGCUGUUCGACGAGAGCCCUGUGAAGGACCUCGUGUCAUGGAACGUGAUGAUCACAGCUUACGCCAAGCGGGGUGAGAUGGCCCUAGCGAGGGAAUUGUUCGACCGCGUUCCUGAUCGUGAUGUCGUGUCAUGGAAUGCCAUGAUUUCUGGGUACGUGAGAAGUGGCUCACACAGGCAUGCGAUAGAGCUCUUUGAGCAGAUGCAGUGCGUGGGAGAAAAGCCAGAUACUAUCACGGUGCUCAGCUUGUUGUCAGCCUGUGCCGACUCUGGUGAUCUCGAUGUUGGCCAGAGGCUCCAUUCCUAUUUGUCAGAGAGGUUUUCAAGAACUGGUCUUACCACCGUUCUUGGAAAUGCGCUGAUUGACAUGUAUGCAAAGUGUGGGAGCAUGAAGUGCGCACAUGAAGUGUUCUGGUCGAUGCGAGAUAAGGACGUCUCAACUUGGAACUCCAUCAUAGGAGGAUUGGCAUUGCAUGGACAUGUCAAUGAGUCCAUAGAUUUGUUUGAGAAGAUGCUAAAGGGGAAUGUCAAGCCAGACGAAAUCACCUUUGUUGCUGUCCUCGUUGCUUGCAGCCAUGGAGGCAUGGUUGACAAGGGGCAUAAGUACUUUAACUUAAUGCAGCAACAGUACAGGAUUGAGCCCAAUGUCAAGCACUUUGGUUGCAUGGUUGACAUGCUAAGUCGUGCAGGACUGCUCAAAGAAGCAUUUGAGUUCAUUGACACAAUGAAGGUCGAGCCUAAUUCUGUCAUAUGGAGGACCUUGCUUGGGGCUUGUAGGAUCCAUGGUGAAGUUGAACUGGCUGAGCAUGCGAAUCUGGAACUUCUAAAGGCAAGGAGUGAUGCAAGUGGGGAUUAUGUGCUUCUAUCAAACAUUUAUGCUUCAGUUGGAGAAUGGCUGGGGUCAGAGAAAAUGAGAAAGUUGAUGGACGACACUGGUGUCAACAAGGAAGCAGGCCGUGCAGUUAUUGAUGGCAGUUCAAAGGAUCUAAUGCAAUCUUCUAGACAGUUCUAAUCACGUUCUGGAUUCAAAAGAUUUUUUUGGCCUAGCUGCCGGGUCAAGAAAUUGGAUACCUCUGCCCGUUCUUCUGUCAAUGAAGAGCAAAAGGCCCAGUACCGCUACCACUUCCCGUGCUAUUAUUGGCUCCAACAUGCUAGAGACAUUGCUUAAGUUUUACACAGAAUGCAGCUAAAAGGGCAUGUAAGCCUGAUCAAUUCAUAUGCAUCCAGUUGUCCCUGUUAUUCAAUAAUUUCUUAUGACUCAGUCAUGCAAGUAAAACACACUUUGAUCUAUGCAGCCACCAAGUGAAACCAAUGGUCUAUUGAAUAUUGUACACCUACCAAGGAAACUAGUUACAUUCCAGUGUAUAUUGAUAUGAUGCAGUUUGGUGUUAACAUUCAAGUCAAGCAGAUAAACGGGAGCACAAGAACCAGCUGAGACGUAGUGGUGAUAUUUACAAAUCUGUACUACUUUCUGGGUAUCUGGGUGGCUGCAAUCCCGCUUGAACUCAACCAUAGAACUAUGAGACCGGUCAUGUGCCAUGGUCAUAGACCUUGUGAUAUAGCAGCAGAACAUUAGAAAAGUUUGCACAUGAUCAGUGCAUUUGGAUUUUGGAGUUCCCGGCCAUCUUAAGGGAGUGAGUACUUUUUGAACAACGCAGAGAACAGACAAGUAGAUGAAUAGGCAAGGCAAAUAUAUAAUUGAUUAUCUCGAGCAAGAAAAGGAAGCAAGUUUGCUGUAUGCAAUAAUAACCAUUUGGUCUGUAAGCUUAUUCUUGCCAUCGGAAUAUACAUCUGAAAUGUUGAAUGUA